UAUCCGGGUUUUUUGUUUUUCUGUUACCUCAUGGUUAGCUGCUAAAAGAAAGGAAGUGACGAAGGAUUACAACCUUUUGCUAAAAAAACUAGUGUAUUUAAUUAAUUAGGUAAAGAUUUUCUGUGACUCUGUUUUGUCUUUCCUUGUGGGGCUUGAAAUCAACAGAUAUAAAAGUAAACGAGGGACCGUUUCCUCCAUCUCGAAAAUCCGUUAUCAGGCACCACAUUUUGCUCUGCAUGCAUUCAUGAAAGGAUUUCAAGACAACCAACUUUUCCUGUUGGCAGACAAAGCAUAAAACCCCCUCAGCUAAGACUGGUGCCAAGGAUCCUUUAUAAUCUCAUAUACAGGCUACCAUCACUGGUAAUAACUCUGUCUAUGGGUACAUAGCAAAAUUGAAGUUAGCUACCCUAGACAAGAAUGUGAGUUCAAUCCAACAGAACCAGUGCCAUGUGAGCUCAGCUACUGGCUAGUUAAACAAGAAAAUGAGUUGAAAGUAAACAGACUAUUUGGUUCUUUAGGUUAUUUAAGUUUCUUAAGUAAUCUUGAGUGUGAACUGGAUUGCAGGAGAGAAAAUAAGCGAGGGCAUUAAAUCUUCGCAGGAAGGAUAGUCGCCGUUCAAACAUAGGGUGUUGUAGACGUAUGCCCCCUUUGGACAGAUGGUUUUUGCUUUAUUAUUCCAUUGAUCACUGAAUCAAUAAAAAAGUCAAAAAUUCCGAAAAAAAAUGAGAGAUCGUGGAUAUCUUUGAUACUUACAUUUACGAAAUCACCUUUAAAAUUAAUUGUGUUAGUCUGCGUCUAUCGGGAAGACUGGAAUAAGAAAGGAAAAACCAGUCGAGAAACUGGGCCAGUUACUUGGUGGAAUAAAUCAAUCUCUGAAUCAUGCUGGCUUUAUGUAAGCACCCAAUAGUUGACCGCCUUCCUUUUGAAAUGAGAUUAUAGUUUUAAGAUGUAAGAACAAGAAAGCCAGUUACUCGUUGUUGAUUGCUCGAAGCGAAAAAUUUCUUACCGACUAAUCACUUUCUCCUGAGACUCGUUUAACUGGCUUGAAAUCAGUUUCUUGUACUCACAUUUCCUACCACUCCAAAUCAUGUAGCCUACAUAGCCACCGUGAAACGCAGCGAGUUCAAAGCUUUAUCACAUUAAUGUUCACAGCCAUGUCGACAAGACUGCCUCUUCUCGUCUUCUUGGUCCUUUCAGUUUCCCGUAAUGUGCCAAUAAUCAAUAGCCUUGAAUUUCCUUCAGUGAACAAAAAUACCCUCGAUGAGUGGUGGGUUCAUCGAAGCGUGCCAACCGCCUCAGUGACCUCCAACGUCAGCGAAGAAUGCAUUCGUGACACUCGGGAAUAUCUGGUGGCUCUUCACCGCCAUGAAUCGUGGGCAGUAAAGAUGUACGAAUCGUCUGGCAAAGUGAUUGAAAACUUGAUCCACAUCGAAGGAGGCGAGAGCGUGCAUCACGAGUCGGGAUUAUUUGAUGGAUGUUUAUCUGUCCAGUCUGAUGGAGUCUCGUUCAAAGGGCAGUAUUGCACCGUUUUCUUUGGACUGAAACCCGUCGCAGAAGAAGAAAGGAGUUUGGAUGAUAUUCCGGACGCGGAUGUAGAAAAUAUUAUCUUUUACCAGAAGCCCAGCGUUGGCUUUUGCUUGCCGUCGACAUGCACUGCCAGUGACUUGCGUUCUGCAGUUGCCCAGCAAGUCAGACAUCGUGUCGGCAAAGGUAAAAACUUCUCCAUCGUGGCCAUCUCGAGCGAAGAUUACUGUUACACUGAGGAGAAAAUUCACAAUCGUAGAACGACAUUCGAUAACGUCACUCUCAUCGUACUGUAACGUUUGGUUCUUUUGGCCGUCACUGUUUUCACCGCAACAGGUUACGAUGUCUUGUUCAAUCAAAACGAGCAGAAAACAGUCGAUUCCUCGUUCGCCAUUCAAUUGCUUCAGUGUUUCUCUGCCAAACGGAAUUGUAAAACAAUACUCAGAACGACGGAGAAUAGUAAAGACAAUUUAUCUUGUUUGCACGGUAUACGCGUUUUGGCCAUUUGUUGGAUCGUGUUGAUUCACGUUGGCGGAGGACUCACUUUCACAAGAUUGAUCUACAACCGGAAAAUGGUUUUAGAAAAUACUUUAAUGUGGCAUUAUCAGCCCAUCACAAACGGAUUGUUCACAGUCGACACUUUCUUUUUGAUGAGUGGCCUUUUGGUGGCGUUUACACAAAUGCGUCAGUUGGAUCAAAACGGUGGAUUCUUCAACAUUAGACGAUUUUACGGCCAUAGAUACAUGAGGUUGACUCCGGUUUACGCUUUUGUUCUGGCAUUCGUGGCGACACUUUAUCCGUACUUGGGAACUGGUCCUGACUGGAAUUUAAUCGAGCAAAAGAGUAGAGAUGCCAGAAAGAAUUGGUGGACCAACAUGCUGUACAUCAAUAAUUACGUGCAUCCAACAAAGAAUUGGAUGACGAAUCCAAAUGUAGCAGCUGGAGAGACUUGGUAUCUGGCCUGCGAUAUGCAAAUGUUUUGGAUCAGUCCGCUAUUAAUUUAUCCACUGUGGCGGUCGAAAAGAGCCGGAAUCCUUUGGGCUGUAGGCAGUUUGUUAGUCUCUCUAGCAAUAUCGGCGACUCUCUUUGUUGUCUACGAUCUACCAGCCACGAUUUUUUGGAUGAGACCAUCUGACAUAUUAAAAAUCGACGCAUACGCAGACAAGCAUUACGUACAGACUUCUGCUCGAUUUCCUUCCUACGUAAUAGGAAUUUUGUUGGGAUGGUUGCUGUACAAGACAAAAGAUCAAAAAAUCCACAUCAAUAAGUGCCUAGUUGUUACAGGUUGGGUGAUGGCCACGUUGACUGGGAUGGUCGUCAUCUACGGAAUGCUCCCUUAUUUGGAUGAAAAUACAGUUCCAGUCAUAGAUCCGGUUGUUCGGGUCUCGUAUGGAGUCCUCCAUCACUCGGCUUGGGCUCUUGUAAUUGGAUGGGUCAUCUUCGCCUGCACUCACGGAUAUGGAGGUUUCGUUCACCGGUUUCUGUCGUGGAAGCUGUUCCUCCCGUUCAGCCGUCUGAGCUAUGCUGUCUACCUCCUCCAUCUUCAUUACACUUUUGCUUACCUUUCUCACUUGCGCAAGCCCUUCUAUUACUCGGAAUACGUUUAUUUCACGACUUACCUUGGAAUUUUGGUGAUCGCCUUUAUGAUGGCGUUUGUUGUCUCUGUCUUCGUGGAAAUGCCUUUCACCAAUUUAGACAAGCUCCUCUUCCCGAACGAGACAAAAGCUCAUCUGCAAACCAAAAAGAAAAACUGAAUUGUCUUCAUCAACGAUGAAUAGUCAAAGACUUUGCCACCAGUUGGAGCUACUGGUCAUCCAACAAGUCAAACAUAGGCGGGCACGUUUAAGAAGCUGUGUGAAAAAUGAUACUCCAUCUUGCAACAGCUUCACUUCCCCAAUCAGUUCUAAACGAAAAUGUAUCUCUUUCCUCGACACAAAAGCUGAUUAGCACUCAAAAUAAAGAUAUUCGGAACUAUAAA